UCCGAAUGAACAAUACUCGCUGGCUUACACCACUAAACAAUCACCUUAUUUAGAAUCAGUCCAGGAAAAAACCAUAUCUUCAUGCCCAAUUUCUCGUCAGAUGGUGUCCCCUGUACAAGGAGCUUUUUUGAAGUUUCUUGUACAACUGAGUAAAGCUACAAGAGUGCUGGAGAUAGGAACUCUCACUGGUUAUUCGGCAUUGUACAUGGCCGAAGGUCUAAAAGAGCGAGGAUCAGAAGUAAAAUUAGUUACGUUAGAAAAGGACGAAGAGAAUUUUAAGGCGGCAAAAGAGAACAUAGAAUCUUCAGGGCUUGGACACCUGAUUGAGCUGAUACUUGGCGAUGCAAUGGAUACGAUUUCAAGUUUGGAUAAUACGGUACAAUACGACCUGAUAUUUCUUGAUGGUGAUAAGAGAAAUUAUAUCAACUAUUAUAAUACUAUUCUCGAACGAAACCUUCUUUCUGAUAAUGGAAUUAUCGCCGUUGAUAAUGGUUUGACUAAAUUUUCAUUUCUCGUGUUUAUGGGAACUGAAUUGAAAUUAAUUUAG